AUGGUCUCGGGAACAGCAUACACACGGUUCCCGUUGUCUGCUUGCAGUCACGAUAACUUGAAGGACUCGUCCAAGUCGCUUGCUGUAGGCUUGAAUAGUUCUGUGAAGAGCUACCAGUUGAUGAGUAAUGAAGAAGUGGAAGUAAUUGAAAAUGAAGAAGAUGACGAAGAUGAAGAAGAUGACGAAGAUAAUGAAGAUAACGAAGAUGAUGAAGAUGAUGAAGAUAACGAAAAUGACGAAAAAUACAAUGAACUUGGCCUUGAGCAUGAAAAUGAAGUAAAGGAUAACAAAAUUCUAACCCAAUCAAAAGCGGAAUAUCUCCAGAAGCACGCAUACCGCCACUCAGAAGUCUCUGAUCUAGAGUCUGACUUCGAUGAUUCAGAUUAUGACGAACCGGCACCGGAACCAUAUACGCCCAGUUCCUCGCCUUCUACAUUCAAGUUUGAUCUCAAAUCGAAUCUCAAGCCAGCUGAAGAACAGCUAGGUGCGGUGACAUUGUCACUUACUAGAAACAAAAUUGCAUCUCUAAUCACAGAAUACUUUCCUGGCGUGCUCCAUGAUGAAGAUUACCGUGAAAUCAAAAACUACGUCAUCAACACUGUGCUUCAAAGUUUCGGUGAUUCAGACAUAAACACCAUCUGCAACAAGAUCAUCCGCAAAAGCUAUCGUCCGAAGCUAGUAGAGCAGAUCCAAGAUGCAUUCGCAGACAAGUAUGAGGAGAUCAAGAUUGAUAGUUACUUUGACUACAUUACAUCUUAUCUAACAUACGUCGCUGACAAGCGAGACGACAGCUUGUUGCACAAGCCAAAUCUAUACGAAAAGUACUCCAAGAUCUGGAAGCUUGAUAAACCCAACUACAAGAUCUACACCAAAGACUAUUUCACCGAUGAGUACUUUGACAUUUUCCAUCAGUACAAGCUGAAGAAAAUGAACGACCGCGCUACUAUGGACGUCCUCGUAAAGUCAGGGUUUCUCAUGAAUUUUGACAAGUUCUACGUCUACUAUACGAGAGACUUGAAGUCUGGAGCCUUGCUGUAUGAUUCAAGCGAUGACUCUUCAGAAGAAUCUGACUACGACGACUUUGUCUCAGACACUUCAGAGCUAGACGGACUAGCUCUCUACUCUAGUGGAAGUAGCUACACUAUCCGCAGCAGUGUUAGUUCUGGUUCUUCCCUGGAUGCUAGUCGGCGCUCGUCUACAAGACUGUCGGAAGAACGUAGAAAGCUGCUCCGCUUCGAUGAUAAAGUCGAAAUCGUAAGUGUAAAUCAACACCAGCCUGUCAGCUCAGUCCACACAUAUUUAUGUGGAUACCACUAA